AAACAUUCUUAGAGAGAGACUAAGAGAGCGAUAGAGAUCUAGAGAGAGAGAGAGGAUGGGUCAUCACUCAUGCUGCAACAAGCAAAAGGUGAAGAGAGGGCUUUGGUCACCUGAAGAAGACGAAAAGCUCAUCAACUACAUCAAUUCAUAUGGCCAUGGAUGUUGGAGCUCUGUUCCUAAACAUGCAGGUUUGCAGAGAUGUGGAAAGAGUUGUAGAUUAAGAUGGAUAAAUUAUCUAAGACCUGAUCUUAAACGUGGAAGCUUCUCUCCUCAAGAAGCUGCUCUUAUCAUUGAGCUUCACAGCAUUCUUGGUAACAGAUGGGCUCAAAUUGCUAAACAUCUACCUGGAAGAACAGAUAACGAGGUCAAGAAUUUCUGGAACUCGAGCAUUAAAAAGAAGCUCAUGUCUCACCAUCAUCACGGUCAUCAUCAUCAUCAUCUCUCUUCCAUGGCGAGUUUGCUCACAAACCUUCCUUAUCACAAUGGAUUCAACCCUACUACAGUCGACGAUGAAAGUUCAAGAUUCAUGUCCAAUAUCAUCACAAACACUAACCCUAAUUUCAUCACUCCAAGCCAUCUCUCUCUUCCUUCUCCUCAUGUUAUGACCCCAUUGAUGUUCCCAACCUCUAGAGAAGGAGAUUUCAAGUUUCUAACCACAAACAACCCAAACCAAUCUCAUCACCAUGAUAAUAACCAUUACAACAACCUCGACAUUUUGUCACCCACACCAACUAUAAACAAUCAUCAUCAACCUUCACUUUCUUCUUGUCCUCAUGAUAAUAAUCUCCAAUGGCCAGCGUUACCAGAUUUCCCAGCGAGUACCAUUUCUGGUUUCCAAGAAACCCUUCAAGAUUAUGAUGAUGCUAAUAAACUCAACGUGUUUGUGACACCAUUCAACGAUAAUGCCAAAAAGUUAUUAUGUGGAGAAGUUCUCGAAGGCAAAGUACUAUCUUCCUCCUCACCAAUUUCACAAGAUCACGGCCUUUUUCUUCCCACCACGUACAACUUUCAAAUGACUUCUACGAGUGAUCAUCAACAUCAUCAUCGAGUGGACUCAUACAUCAAUCACAUGAUCAUACCAUCAUCAUCCUCAUCGUCGCCAAUCUCUUGUGGACAGUACGUCAUAACUUAAGCAAACCCUAUUCAUACUCAAUCAACAUGGGAUUCCUUGACAUGGGUACGUAAUAAAUACCUAUAUACGUUUGAUAUCUAUAUAUAAGAAGGAACGAGUGAACAUAAAUAAUCACCCAUAUGUGUUUAUAAGUUUUUUUCCAUAUAGUAUAAGGAUUUGUGAUAUGUUACAUGGAUUACUUUUCAUAUAUAUUGCAUUGAUUUUGAAUAAUGGAGGAAAACAUAAAUGUUGAUAAGUUCUUCUUAACUAUUCAAGUUAUAGUCGUGUGAGUUGUGGAAAAAUGUUACUACAUAUGCAUAAAGUUGGUCCUUAAACACAGUUUAAUGAACACGUACAAACAUACAUAUGUAUGUAAGGACGUAUAUGUGAAGGAAGUACGAUCUCUGUCUCUCGUCAUCUACGUACACAUGUGUUUGUAUAUGGUCAGUUUGUUUUGCCUCUGUAUUGGAAAUUAUUGUCUUCAUCUUUGUUUUUUCUUUGUCGCUUAUUGCUUCUCUCUCUCUAUGAUAUUUCGUGGGGUCAAAUAUGUGGACUGUCAUACUUCAAUGCAA